GCGGUGCUACCUUAGGGAGUGUCUCCUAUUGGCUAGUUACGGUGAUAAUAGACGAUGACGCUGCUAUUUAGCCUUUCUGAUUGGACGAUAUUUCUGUCAAUCUACAAUCUUUCAAAACGCCCAUCUGACAGCGGUACUGCAGAGCUUGAAGGAGCGUCUCGCUCUCAACAAAUUUUAUUGCGAUUUUCCAUCAUGAUAUUUCAUUAAAGUUUGUUUCCUAGAGAAGCAUAUGAAGGAACGGAUAAAUGCAGAGCAGUGGCUGAGGGGAUUAUCCUCUUUAAAGAUCUCAAAAUAGACUGCUGUUGCUUAGUUCUGGCCAUGGCGACGGUUGUGAUGGAGCAGAUCGGGCGGCUGUUUAUCAACGCGCAGCAACUUCGUCAGAUCCCCCGUUUCCUGGAGUCGGCCUUCCCUACUUUGCCUUGUACUGUUAUGAUCACCGACGUGCCGUGGGUUUUCCGUGAGUCGCACAUAUUUACGGGCUACAGGCUUCCCGACCAGAGUUGGCGCUACUACUUCCUCACUCUGUUCCAGAGGCAUAAUGAGUCUGUAAAUGUGUGGACACACCUGCUGGCCUCCCUCAUCAUCUUAGUCAAAUUUCAAGAGCUUUCCGAAACGGUGGACUUUCUGCGAGACCCUCACGCCCAGCCGCUUUUCAUCUUGCUCCUAGCCGCGUUCACCUACCUGGCCUGCAGCGCUCUGGCCCACCUGCUCUCGGCCAAGUCUGAGCUGUCCCACUACACAUUUUAUUUUUUGGACUACGUCGGUGUAGCUGUAUAUCAAUACGGCAGCGCCCUGGCCCAUUUCUACUACGUAGUCGAAGAAGAUUGGCAUGGCAAAGUGCGAAGCUUUUUCCUGCCAGCUGCCGCCCUUCUGGCCUGGCUAUCGUGCGCAGGCUGCUGCUACGGAAAGUACGCCAGCCCGAGCUUGCCUAAAUUUGCACACAAGCUAUUUCAGGUGGUGCCCUCUGGCCUGGCCUACUGUUUAGAUAUCAGUCCCGUGUUGCAUCGCAUUUAUAAAUACUAUAGCUCUGAACAGGGCUGGGCCGACCAGGCAGUGAUUUACCACUGCCAUCAGGUCCUCUUCUUUUUGAUUAGCGCCUACUUCUUCUCGUACCCUGAUCCUGAGCGCUGGUUCCCAGGAUGCUGCGACUUCAUCGGACAGGGCCAUCAGAUCUUCCACGUGUUCCUCGUGCUCUGCACCCUAGUACAAAUUGAAGCAGUACGACUGGAUUACAGCGAGAGGAAGACUCUCUAUGAACGUCUCCAUGGUGACUUGGCUCACGAUGCGGUGGCUCUCUUCAUCUUCACGGCGUGUUGCAGUGCACUCACUGCCUUCUACGUGCGCAAGCGUGUCAAGGCGUAUCUAGAAGAAAAACAGGAGUAGAUAGAGGGAUGAGAUAACAUUGCUUGCACAUGUAUAAGAGAUUGCACCUGUCUUCGACAACUAACCUAAUGAGAACAAAUCCAUUUUUAAGUGCAUCUUAUAUAUGUCGUGAGUGGUUUUGUUCUUGGUCUGCAAUGCAUUUUGAUUCAGCUGCUCUCUGUUUACCAAACUGGUGACAUGCUUUAAAACUGCAUUACAAUUCCAAAGUGGCACAUCAACAAGAUUCCAAAACCUAGUGAGCUGCCUACAUUGACAAAGGCUGAUUCAAAAGGUUGCCAAAUUAAAGCUGAAAUCUGUGAUUUUUUGUUGGAUAAAAACAACAAUUAUUUAUUGAGCAAGUACAUGAAAGCAGAAGUAACACAUACAGUUUCUGCCAAUCGUAUAUUAAUCUUGAGUACCUAUAGAGAAUGUGAAGCUGAUGUCGACCCUUAUGUUGCAAUGGCGCCGCCAUCUUGAGAGGAUAAUACUCCACUGCUAUUAUUGUUUUGAUGUUUGCAGUUACUUAUUUUGUUUGAUUUAUGGAGAAAUCCAAAGUGAAUUAACCGUGGGCUUGUCCUGAAUGACUCUGCGCAAUGCUAUUGCAGUUUUUAAAACAGCAAGACCGACAUACUAUAGUUAAAUUGCCUAAUCAAACAAGAAAAACACUACAUUGAACGCACUAGCUGCGAUCCUCCCAAGAUGGCGCAACAUUCAACACGGCGUUACGUUGAGUGGCAAGCUAUAUAGAGUACUAGCCUUCUGCAAACUUCUAAUCUUCGAAGAGUAUUUAUAUUAAACUAAACAAAUAUAUUAAACCUAAACGAGCCGUAGGUGGGUGGUUCGAGCACAGAAAUACUAUGUGAUACGUCCAACUCGUUUUUUGACAUGUCGACCAUGUUAAGCCUGAGAUGCCCGCAUGUUUAACAUUUUAAAAAGUCAGAAUGCGUGAAACACCGUUGCACAACCCCUUUAAAGAAUCAGUGUUCAAAAUGGUCUCCAUAUCUUAUCACGGUUUCCAAUCUUAUAAAUAAAGAUUCACAGUUUGCGCUGUUGGGUCAGAUUUCACAAGAUAUAUCAGGCUUGACGUCAUUCAACUUCGAUCUACAUAAAGUACAUCAAGUACUCUACAAAAUUUUAAAUAUCCUUUACAGAGAAUAUAAUCCCAGAAUGCAUUGUGGUAAGGGCCGUAAAAAAACUUCAAAAUGUAAUGGCUGAGGUGAAAGAAAUGUUCAUUAUAAAUACAGAACAAAUAUUCACAUUACUGCUGAAAAUUAUAUAAUUAAACUUAAAUGCUUAUUUUUCACAGUAUUUGUGGCAUUUUCUUAAAAACGUACAUCAAACUCAGUGAAAAAUUAAUUGCAAGUUCAAUCUCUGCAUGCUUUAUAUAGUGCGUACUUAUGAGUUUCAAUGCCUUAAAAGGCAGCUGCUGAUGAAAGCAAUAUGGCAGCCCAUUGGGUUUUGGAACUGAGCUACAGUCUAAACAAAAUAGAUGAAGGGUUAAAAGGUUUGGACUUUAAACUCUUAAACUGAACUGUUUGACAAGCGCCAUUAACCCUUUUCAUACCUGUCAUUUAUGUGUGGUCUGUGAGAAGAUAUCAGCAUUUAUGUUGAAGGAUUAGUGAACACCUUGUAGAUACAUACAGUAGUGUAGGACUGGCACUGGAUAUGUAGCCUAAAAAGUACUUUCAUUAUGCCUCUGAAUGAAAAAAUCCAUAGGCGCAGCGUGCUGCUCUUACUUAAAGGAGUAGUCCACUUUCAAAAUAAAUGUUUAUGAUAAUUUACUCACCCCAUGUCAUCCAAGAUGUUUGUUCAUGCCUUCACAAAAUACUUAAUUAUGUUGAAAAGGUCACGCUUGACACAGGCGGAAGUACAGUGUCAGUGUUUACAAGUUGAACAAUUUGAAGUUUUCAAUGUAAUUAUGUAUUACGUGAAGUCAUGAACGCGUAUCGCAAAACAGAGCAAGGCAAGCAUUUGUGUUUAUUAAGUAAUAUCGCUAGAUAAGACGCUUUGUUCAUCGUCUGGUAUCAUUUAAAGCCCUUUGAAGUUGCACUUUAUUUUGAAAGUGGACUACUCCUUUAAGUGAUAAUUUUUUUUGUGUUUGACACGAAUAUUUUGUAUUUUCAGUUUCACUUCAUGCCUCAACACAACAAAUCAGUUCUGACUUGACUUACAGCGUGUCCUAGCUGUUCAGUGCCACUGUUCAGAGCUUCAUUUAUAAUUAUCUGCGAAAAGCAAUCGAUUGGUGUUUUGUACGUCAUGCACUGCCUGUCUUUGAGUUUAGAGAGAGCUAAAAUAUUAAAGAACGAUUUGAUUUGAAAAGGACAGUACACAGUAUGUGCUAUUAUAGGAUUAAAUGACAUGAAGGACCAUGUGAUUUAAACUCUUGACGGAAUUAUCAGAUAUUUGUGAAAUUCAUUUGAGACAAAAUUCACAAUUGACGACAUAGACACUAUUGUGGAUCUUAUGAGACAAGUCAAGAAGUCCCAUCCAUAUUUCUCUACAAAAUCAAAGAAACUUACCUAAAAGAUUGCGGUCAUUAAGAUUUAGCGAAUAAACACAACUUAAAAAUGAUGGGAAUGAUAAAACAUCAAAUUUUGCUAACUUGUCCUGAAUAUAAAUUCACAAAAUAGCUUUUUUUGUUUUUGGGGGGAAAUAUAACUGGGACAUUUCUGAACAGGCUUUGGAGGGUUCACACACCUAUGUUUCCGGCUCGAAUCUUUAUGAUUUUCAGAUACGAUAGAAAAAGAAAUUUUAUCGAAAGGUGAGCCAAAGCAGCUUUCGAAAAACAACGAAUCACGCCCUUCAUCAUUUUGAUUGCUCCUUUUGCACACAAGGGCUAUAACUUCGGCCUUUCCUCAUAAUACCCUGAUGUGAAUGCCUUUGUGUCACCUAUGCAUAAGCAGACUUUUCUAUUGGACGUUCAGCACUUUUUUUCAAAAUAACAGUCUGAGUGUCAGAAUGUGUUAAAUGUGUAUUCUAAUGUGCCUGGCUACCUGCAUGCGUCAUUGUGUGUCAGUAUGCAUACAGGUGCUCACGCAUUGUUGAAUGUACAGUAUACGUGUACCUAUGAGACAUUAUAGAAAGGAUAUGAAGGCUCUGUCUGGUAUUCUAUGAAAUUCACCCAGCCAUGUACCAUGACGAUUGUAGUUCUCCUUUUCUCCUACUAAGCUAACAUACAAACCAAGAAGCAUGUUAAUGGAGUCGUGAUCAACUGUAUUUCCUCAUCGGGUAACACGUGGGGUAGCAGGCAAUUUUUAACAGCACCAGCAGACAACAAUGAUGUCACAGAUGAUGUUUAAAGACCGACACUAAUGAUGUGAUUGACAUGUUUGCUUGCCCGUUGACUGAAAAGAAAUGAGAAUAUUCUGGGUAAAUAUGCUGGAAAAUGAUCUCACAGCGGGUGCAAAGACUAUAGAGUUUGUGAUGGGUUUAGUCUAGUGGUCAGGGGUUUGUGAUUUGAUCAGAUAAUGAUAUUUAGGAGCCAUUCAUGAAAUGUUGUUUUCUAUGUACGAUCCAACAUAAUGUACCUCAAACCUGCUGAAAUCUCAAUGGAAAACAACAGAUGAGAUCAUCUCCUGGCACGGCCAGAAUAUGACCUAAAUUUAAGUUAAGGUAAUGCUCAUGUGGGAGUGUUGGAAAAUGACUUUGAACUGUUUAUUUUUUUAAUUCUGUACUACCCUGAAGACACUUUCAGAGUCUGAACAGACUUUUCUGUUUAAGAUUUGGGAUUUUUAACAUGACCAUGAUAAGAGUUAGGUCUAGAGAAUGUUUCUUUUGUAUUGUAAAUAACAGGAAGGAUUGAUUGACUUUCUUGACUUAUAGCAAUGAUUUUGUUUAUUACUCAACCACGAGCACUUAUAAUGCUGAACGAACACUCACGUUUCUGCUACGGUACAGAACAGAAACAAUAAAGACUGAUGUUAACCUAAACUUAACUAUUGUGUGUGGAAAUGACUGUGUUGAUGUACUAGGUAUUUAUGGAAAUAAACUAUAAUUCACACAUUCUA